AUGGCUUCCUCGAAUGGAAAUUUUCCAGCAUCCAUGCCUGUUCUCAAAGGAAAGAACUAUGAUGAUUGGUGUGCUCAGAUGAAGGUAAUCUUUCGAUUUCAAGAUGUGACAGAAGUGGUGCAAGAAGGGGUUCAAGAACCUGACAGAAACCCAACUGAUGCACAGAAGGUGGCUCACCGUGAUUUGAUGAAAAGAGAUGCAAAGACGUUGUUCAUUAUUCAUCAGUGUGUAGAUGCAGAUAAUUUUCAGAAAAUUAGAUCUGCUGAUACUGCAAAGAAGGCAUGGGAUACUCUAGAGAAAUCCUAUGCAGGGGAUAGCAAACUCAAGAAGGUGAAGUUGCAGACCUUGAGGAGGCAGUAUGAACUUCUACAGAUGAGUGAUCAAGAAAGCAUUGGUGAGUUCUUUUCUCGAAUCUUGGCAAUUACAAAUCAAAUGAAUGCUUAUGGUGACAAGCAAUCAGACUUGGGGAUCAUUGACAAGGUAUUAAGAACCUUGACACCAAGAUUUGAUCAUAUAGUGGUGGCAAUUGAGCAAGGCCAGAAUCUUGAAGAGAUGAAGAUUGAAGAACUGCAAGGAAUUCUUGAAGCUCAAGAGAUGAGGCUCAAUGAAAAAAAUUUACAAAGAUCAGUUGAGCAAGCUAUGCAAGCCUAA